CCAACAUCUUUCAGGUUUGGUGGGCGGGCGGUAUUUGUGAAUCCGACCUCAGCUUUGUCUCUUCUCUUGCUUUUAUAUUUAAGAUUGUUCAGUUCCAAUUUCAUCACCCAAACAGCCCCGAAUUCUCUCCCAUCUUCUACCUUUCCGUAUCCAGGAUAAUAGAAGGAAAAAAAUUGGCGAUAACUGUUCGGCUCUUGAUCUGCUGGAUUGGUUAUUUUCAUUGACUGGAUUGGGCUUCGAAAAUGUACAACGCUGUGAUGGAUCCUGAGUUGAUCAGAAUCGCUCAGGAGCAGAUGAGUCGCAUGUCACCGGCUGAAUUUGCUCGGAUCCAACAGCAGAUGAUGUCCAAUCCAGAGUUAAUGAGGAUGGCCUCAGAAAGCAUGAAGAACAUGAGGUCUGAAGACUUUAAACUAGCUGCAGAGCAGCUAAAGCAUACUCGUCCUGAACAGAUGGCUGAGAUUGGUGAGAAGAUGGCAAAUGCAACACCUCAAGAAAUUGCAGCUAUGCGUGCCCGUGCUGAUGCCCAGAUUAAAUAUGAAAUAACUGCGGCUGAGAUGUUGAAGAAGCAGGGUAAUGAUCUUCACAGUCAGGGAAGAUUCCAUGAAGCUAUGCAGAAGUAUUGUCUUGCCAAGCAAAACAUAAGAGAAAUUCCAUCCUCCCAAAGUAGAAAGCUUCUUUUAGCUUGCUCGCUCAACUUGAUGUCGUGUUACUUGAAGACAGGGCAGUAUGAUGAAUGUGUAAAAGAAGGUGCUGAGGUUUUGGCUUAUGAUGCAAAAAAUCUUAAAGCUCUUUAUCGAAGAGGUCAAGCAUAUAAGGAACUUGGUCUACUAAAGGAUGCUGUUGAUGAUUUGAGCAUGGCAUAUGAAGUUUGCCCAAGUGAUGAUACAGUUGCAAAGCUUUUAAGGGAGACCAAGGAAAUUUUGGCAGAGGAUGGUGGUGAGCAUGCACCUAGAGGAUUGGUAAUUGAAGAAAUAACUGAAGAAGAUCAGAAUGUCCGGGCACAAAACUCUGAAAGCUCAUCUGUGGAGCAAACAGUGGCUUGGCCAAAAACUUCCAACGAGUCUUCCAAGAGUUCCAGUACAGUUAUCAAUGAAAAUCUAGAAUCAAAUAUGGAGAGAUCAUUCCAAAAUUUCAUUUCAAAUGCCAACCCUGCCACUCUUGCUUCUUUGAAUGCUGGACAGUCCAAAGAUGUGUCUCCCGAUAUGAUUAGAACUGCCUCAAACAUGAUUAGCAAGAUGUCACCACAGGAACUUCAAAAAAUGCUUGACAUGGCUUCUUCAUAUCAGGGGGACAACCCAUUUUUAAGAGGUUCCCCUGAAUCUACUAUCAACUCUGGAUCAAUUCCUCCAAACGUGACUCCUGACAUGUUUAAAACAGCUUCUGAUAUGAUAAGUAAAAUGCCACCAGAGGAUCUUCAGAAGAUGUUUGAAAUGGCUUCCUCAUUGUCCGGGAAAGCAUCUAGCUCAUCAUCCGCAGCUGUGGACAAGAAUGUGAGAAAUGCUUCUCAGUCGAACAUCCCCUCCUCCAAUGCUAGUGGAAGCAAUGCAUUUGCUGAAUCAAGUUCUUAUGAUUCAUUUUUAAAUAUGGGAAACGCUGCUCAGUCAAACUUCCCAUCCUCAAGUGCUGAUUUGCAAGAACAGAUGAGAAACCAGAUGAGAGAUCCAGCUACGCGAGAGAUGUUUACAUCAAUGAUUAAAAAUAUGAGCCCAGAAAUGAUGGCAAACAUGAGCAAACAAUUUGGUGUUAAGCUUUCAAAAGAAGAUGCAGCAAAAGCUCAGCAAACCAUGUCAUCCUUGACACCAGAGGACUUGGAUAGAAUGAUGCGAUGGGCUGAUCGGAUUCAAAGAGGAGUUGAAGGUGCAAAAAAGACGAAGAAUUGGCUGCUCGGAAAACCUGGUAUGAUAUUGGCAAUAGUCAUGCUCAUAUUAGCUGCAAUCCUUCACUGGCAGGGUUUCAUUGGUGGCUAGAACAAGUGAGAUGUGCAUUCUAGGACAUCCCGAUUUAGGUUGUCGAGAAGAUUCCACGUAUUGCCUUGGAGUACAGCUGAUAUGAGGUUAUUAUAAGUUUUAUGGGAGGAGAAAAGGAGGGUGCAAAAGGGGAAGGCGGAGCAGGGGUUUGCUGGCAGGGACAGCAAGGAAAGGGGUAAGGUGUUGACAUCGUAGUUAAUGUGUUCGCUAGAAAUCUUUUGAUUUGAUUUUGAUCCGUUGUAUCUUUGAUUAUGCUGCUGGUGACUGACUGUAGAUGGUGUAGGCGAUGAAAUUGACAAAAAUGUCAUUUCAUUGGGGGAGUGACCAAAAAAAAAAAAAUUGCUUUGUUGUAAAAUAUUAGCUCGAGCACUCUGGCACUUACCUUUGUUAGUUGUGACCCUACUAUUUAAUCAAUUUGAUGGCAAUAAACUUAUUAGUAAGCAA